AUCCCGAGAUGCCAAACUUAAGUGCCCCUCAAAUCUGGAAUCUUCUGCAUACAUUUUCAUUUCAAUUUUUUUUCAAGUAAUAGAUAAGCAAUGAAAGCUGCGCAGUAUUUUGGUAAAGAAGAUGUUAGAGUCGUUGACGUUGCGGAGCCUAAUCUCAAGGAUGGGGAGGUUCUUAUUGAAAUCAGCUGGUGCGGAAUAUGUGGCUCUGACUUGCACGAGUAUAUCAUGGGGCCAAUGGUCAUACCGACAAAGGACGCACAUCCAUUGACGAAUGAGAAACUACCCGUCACUCUUGGCCACGAGUUCUGUGGACGAGUAAAGCAGGCAUCUGAGAACUCCAAUCUGAAAUCCGGAACAGCAGUAGUAGCCGAUCCACGGUUGUAUUGUCGGUCUUGCAAUCGUUGUGGGAUAAAAGAGACAGUGUCUUGCGAUAAAUGGGGGUUUCGGGGGCUGUCAGGUGGAGGAGGUGGCUUCUCGCAGUAUGUGGCCAUCCAUGAGAGCCAAAUUUAUCCAAUACCAGAUUCUCUUUUGCCGUAUGGGGCCUUGGUAGAACCAUUGGCGGUAGCGUGGCAUGCCGUCAAGCGAGCCGGCGACCUGGACUUCACAAAUAAAACAGUGCUCAUCGUAGGCGGUGGCCCUAUCGGUAUUGCACUGUUGCUUGUUCUGAGAGCUUUCAAUUGCAAGAAAAUUAUUGUUUCAGAGCCGACUGAUGCACGGCGGAAGCAAAACGAGGAGCUUGCAGACCAUACGUUGAACCCCAUGGAGCAGAACAUUGGCGACGAGUGCCGAGCUCUUACGGAUGGCGAAGGUGUUGAUAUUUCGUUUGAUGCCGCGGGCGUGGGCCCAGGAUUUCAUGCAGCCUGCGAUGCCUUGAAGUAUAAGGGCCUGUAUGUCAACGUUGCAGGCUGGGAGCAAGCAAUGCCAAACCCAUACGGGUAUCUAAUGAUGAAAGAAAUAUCCAUGACGGCCUCACGCGCAUACAACGACAAUGACUUCGCCGACACUGUGAAAUAUUUUGCUGAAGGUAAAUUCAAAGGAUUUGAAAAGAUGGUAACGAGCCGCAUUGGGCUCGCGGAGAUCAGCUCAAAAGGGUUCGAGGCUCUUGUCAAGCACAAGGAUGAUCAUAUCAAGAUUCUGGUUACUCCGCAGGAGUCACUACUAUCAUGAAUUUGCAUCUAUAAAUGACCGCGAAAGGUUUUCCGUAACGGGCUGUGUCAUA